GAGGUGGACAGGAGUAAAGGAAGAUAAUGGGAACAAAAGCCAGGCGCACAUGGUUGUGGUUGGCAUGCUUCUGUCUCAGAUUCUGUUAUCAUUCACAAUGUACACAAUCUCUCAACUUUUUCUGUGUUGGGGUUGUAAAAAUACUAUUAAUAGUAAUACUAAAUUAUUUGAACAGAAUAAGAAUGACUUAUAUACAAGGUAAACAGAUGAGUCUUUGAAUACCUUUUGAAAAUCUCAAAACUAAUGCAUGGAUAGUGUAAAGCUAGUUUAGAAAGCAUCUUAACUGGAAUAUUAUAGCAACCACUUUCACCUUUUCUUGUACCACUGCUGGAAUAAGACAGUUCCCAUAAAUCUUGCCAGGCCAGUUGGGGCAGAACUUAACAGUAACUCACGUGAUUUCCUUAACAGUGUCCCUGCCUUGAUGCCAGAGUGCAUGUGCAGUUGGCAGAAUUUUCAUUUCACUCUGAGAAUGAAAAUGAAAGCAAACACAAAUAAGCACUGAUCUUCCUGCCUUGACGUUUUUACAAGAAAGAUGACAAUGACAAAGUACAAGCUCCCUGCUUUUUGCCUCGUGCUCAUAGUGUUGAGUGCCAGUGAAGCCAUACAGUUUCCAGGUCUCCAAUUAAUAUCUGAUUGCAUGGAAGCUAAAUGUGGUGUACGGAUGAAAUCCUGCCUGAGAACUAAUCAGGGGGAACUUACAGGCAAAGCCAAAGGCUGCAUUGCCCGCGACUGUAAAAAUGCCCUAAAACUCUGUGUGAAACAGAUCCCGAAGGAUGCGUUUGCAUAUGCUAAAGUCAUAGCAGAAACUGCUGAACAGUAUGCUGAUGUUGGCCUAGACCUUUUCUCUGACUCCUACCUACAAUGCUGGCCGAGGCCUGACACUCACAAUGGAACUCAACUCACUGACUGUGUGAUUGAUGACCUCUUAGAGAAGAUGGAGCCUUUAAUUACUCUGUUUGGCUCUACACUGUUCAGUGAUCCAGCCUAUAUGGCAUGCUGGUUUGUUCACAUCGGGAGAAUUUUUGUCACGCUUGCAACUGAUACAAGUAACCAUGACUAUGCUGAACAAAUGGCAUGGAACAAUGCAAUGGAAGCACAGAGGAAUACGUAUGUAUACAUGAAAUGUUCGGCAAUGAGAAACCCGGAUGAAGACUGCAUUAACAUGUGGAAUCGUAUUUUGGGUACACCAGCAUGGAUGAAACGAAAAAGCAAAGAUAUCUUCGUUGGUUUUUUCCACAAUGUCAUAUCUGCUUCAGUGAAAUGCCAGAAGUCCUGAGAGGGAAAAUCACUGGAAGCACUGUAGGAGUAUGCCCUCUAUCUUCCCUUUAUCACACACUCUCUCUCACUCUCACACACACAAACAGGCUUUAUGAAUAAAUUAUAAAACUGGUAGCUUACAGCAUUCAUAUUUUAAUUGGGUAAAGGGCUGCGCAAUUAAUUUUCAAUAAAUUUCAGUUUCAACGUCAAUUAUGACUUUCAAUGAUUAUGAAAAGUUACCUCUUUGCUUUUCAGUAAUGUUUAUAUAAAUAAAUAAUGUUAUAUAAAUAGUCUUUAAAUAAUGUAUAGUCUUUUUAACGUUUCUCCUCCUUAUCCUUCCACCAGACCUCCUGGUAUCAGUUUCAAAGUGCCACAUGUAUAGGCUAUAUGACUAAUUUAAACUGUUAAAACAAUUAACAAAUAUGGUGAUGCCCAGCAAAAAAACUUUCUUACAUUUUUGUGGGGUUUCCAACCCAGAUCCAGCCAGAUAGUGGGAAUGGCAGGUGUAUUAAUCUGUCAUAAUCUUACAUAGCAUUACCAAUUAAUUUGAAAGUGUUAUAAAAACUUGUUACCUUGAAAAAUGGUUCAAAAUGUGCGUAUGUUAAAAUAAUGUACGUAAUGUGCUUUAAACAGGCAUGCAUACCUGCACUCUCUUUCUCCCACAAACACACACAAACAGAUAUUUGAAUGGCACUGUCAAUAGUUGCCAUAAAUAAGGCUUUGCUAUAUACGUACUGUAUAUUUAUUAUGAAUAUACUCUUUUUAUUUGUGAGAUAUAAUCAACUGUGAUUAAAUGUACCUGUGUCUAUUUGA